AUGGUUCCUCCCCGUUCUGGAUCUGCUGCUGGCAUGCGCAGCCGUGGCCCGGUUGAGCUCAACGUCAACCUCGCCAAGUCAUACGAGAUCCGCGGCCCCAAGUCGCCCAUGCCCAGGUCUCCGCUGCGGGAUGCCGUCCACGAAGAUCGUGACGCCCGCGCCUCGUACGAAGAGCGCCUCGACGGCGCCAUUCACGUCCUCCGCACAGAGGCCAACGCCCUCGUGGCACUGACCCAGCUGUACUCGUCCGAGCGCGUCUGCCGCGACGGCUUCUACCGCUCCAUCGAGGCCCUCUCCCGCCACCGCGACCACCGCGGCAAGGUCGUCUUCAUCGGCGUCGGAAAGUCUGGCUGGAUCGCCAAGAAGCUCACGGCCACCUUCAGCAGCUUGGGCCUCCCCGCCGUCUUCCUCCACCCCACCGAGGCCCUGCACGGCGAUCUCGGCGUUGUUGGGGAGCACGACACCCUCAUCAUGAUCACCUUCUCCGGCAAGACUCCCGAGCUCCUUCUCCUGCUCCCCCACCUCAACAAGAAGUGCCCCCUCAUCCUCCUUACCUCGCCCACCAGCAUGGAGACGUGCGAGAUCGCGAAGCAGCGCCCGGACCUGAUCCUCCUGCCUGCCCCCAUCCCCGAGUCCGAGAAGGACACCUUCGGCGUGUCUGCCCCAACGACGUCGACGACCAUGGCCAUCGCCGUUGGUGAUGCUCUGGCAUACGUCGCGUCCAAGGAGAUGUACCCGUCCGUGUCGGCCGUCUUUGCGAAGAACCACCCCGGCGGCGCCAUUGGCCAGGCCUUCAAGGCCAAAUAGACAUCAUGUCGCGUCGUUUCCGUUUUUUUUCCCCCCACUAUUCGAGGGCGGGGCGUCGCCUGGCACUGAACAUUCUGGAUAUAGGGCCCAGAGCUCAUUGCUCACAGGUUGUCCGAUCUUCAUUGUACAUAUAUUCGGACGGAGUAUAAUUUGUUACACUGAGCGCUUUCCUUUGCACUUUCCUGUAGAUCUCUUUAACAGUUCGAUACCACAAUCUGAAC